AUUCAUCCCUAAAUAAUUUAUCAACAUAAAAUAAAACAUCUAAAUCAGUGUUCAAUAUAAACAAAAGUGUACUUGAAACUUUUUGAACGUUUCGUUCCAAAAACAAAAGAGAGUGGAAACUUUUUAAAACACCCAUCCAAACAAAAAAGGAUUGCAAGAUUCGAGAUUAAAAAGUGAAGUCCAAAUUCAAAUUUAUUUGAAAAUAACUGGCCACUAAUAAAACAAAAAUAAAAUCGUAACGUCAACAGUGAUGUGUCUCAUUUAAUUAUUUUGGUUUUACGUGAAAAGAUAAAUUCUAGUGCCAAAAAUGGAUUCGUUUAUGGAUUUUUACUUCGAAGAGGUGUUUAGUACCAUGGAUAGAGAUUCCUUGAACAUGCGGUUCAAGAGGAGAGAACUAGUCGAGUACUUCAAUACUGUCAUUGCUGGAUGUGCCAAAGGUCAAAACAAAUCCGACGAAGUUUCGUGCAAGAACUUCGUGCAGUCAGCUCUCCGAUAUCACAAUUCUUGCAAGUCUGGUAACGGAGAUGUAUGUCUCAUGGGGAAAUACCAUAACGUUCUGUACAUAGCCAUGAAACUCGCCUUCGAUUGGAGCCUACAAGAUAAUGGUACGGUGGCAGCUCUGUUGGAUGAAAUGUACGCUUGUGAAAAGACCUUUGAGAGAAUAUUUUUGGGGGCCAUCUUUGGUACAUCAGCCCCUUACUUUUUGGCUGGUUGGAAGUCAGACUUCAUGGAUAAAGAAGAAAACGUUCAUGCACUAGUUUACUUCCUCGAUCACGCUACAAAUGCUAAUCUUGAAUACAGCGAGGGAGACAAAACAUAUCGCUUCAUUGACGUCCCAUUGGAAAGCUGUGGCCAAGCAUCCCCAGUGAGGGUAGUCAUCCAAAUGGGUGCUGCAGAGAUGCUGAUGAUUCUCCUAAGAUUUGGAGCUAGGAUCUCUUCAGAAGCUGUAUCGACUAACCCUGUAGAAUCCAUUUUGGAUAGACUCAAAGAAUACAACAGAGUAUAUCCGUAUGAACUGGUGACGUGUCUUAAGCUCACUUUGAGAGCAGUGCCAAGAGUAAAUUUUACGGUAGAUAGAAACAUUUUCAAAGAAUUAGAACUGCCCGAAGACUAUAAUUACCAAAGGAAAGUGGCUUUGGAAAAGUAUGGAGAAAUAUUAGAGGAUCAUUUGGUUCCUACUUCCAGAUGUGGAUUAAAACCAGUAGAGUUGAAGCACAUGUGCAGAUGUAUCAUUAGAGAAAUGCUAUGGAAGAACUUUGAACUGCCGUUUGGUAUAGCAAAAUUACCUAUACCUGUGUCAUUGCAAAGAUAUUUGGAUUUAUUUGACGAUUAAAGAGUUUGUUUUUA